AUGGAUUACCAAGAACAAGAAAACCAGACUGGAGUCCGCUUCAAUUGGAAUAUCUGGCCAUCAACAAAGCUGGAAGCAACAAGAGUGGAAAUUCCUUUGGGAUGUUUGUUUACUCCACUUAAGGAGAGCAGUAAGUUGCAGCUUGUGGAAUAUGAACCAAUUCGUUGUAGAGCAUCGGGUUGUAUUUUGAACCCUUAUUGCCCAGUAGAUUUCAGAUCUAAGGUUUGGACUUGUCCUUUUUCUUUGCAGAGAAACCCUUUUCCUCCUCACUAUGCUGAGCAUAUUAGCGAGACAGUACUACCAGCAGAGCUCAUGUAUCCUUCUGUUGAGUAUAUAUUACCUGGAAUUCCUGCAAAUAAUGUUAGCCCUCCUGUCUUCAUAUUUGUGAUAGACACAUGCUUAAUUGAAGCAGAGCUGACAGAGCUUCGGGAUUCCAUUCAACAGGCAGUAUCUCUUAUGCCUUCCGACGCUUUGGUCGGUUUAAUCACAUAUGGAACAGUGUGUUGCGUGCACGAGCUGGGAUUCACGGAAUGCCCCAAAUCCUAUGUCUUCAGGGGUACUAAAGAUGUAACUUCUCAGCAAUUGCAACUCCAAUUAGGACUAACUUCUCGCGGAGACCCUCGUAACCAGAUGAGUGAGGGGUCUUCCAGAAGGUUCCUCUUGCCCGUUUCAGAGUGUGAAUAUUCUUUAAUGAAUAUAUUAGACGAUCUGCAACCAGACUCAUGGCCAAUUCCUGCAGAUACCAGACCCCAGAGGUGCACUGGAGUGGCUCUUGCAGUAGCAACUGGACUGAUGGAAGCUUGCUGUGUACAACAAAGUGGAAGGAUCAUGCUUUUCGUUGGAGGAGUAUGUACCGUUGGUCCAGGAACCAUUGUAUCUCUUCCAUUAGCUGAAUCAAUUCGUCAUCACUUGGACCUUCAAAAGAACUCAAACUCUGCGAGGCACGUUCAGAAGGCCCUUAAAUUCUACUCUUCCUUGGCUCAGAGAGCUGUUCAAAAUGGCCAUGCAGUUGAUAUACUUGCUUGCUCUCUCGACCAAGUAGGGUUACAUGAAAUGAGAGUUUUAUGCGAUCGCUCUGGAGGACAUAUGGUAAUGAGUGAUUCCUUCAGUAUGAACAUUUUCAGAGACUCUUUCAAAAAAAUGUUCGAACCUGAUGCUUCUGGCUACAUUAAACAAGCUUUCAACGGUAGAGUCGAAAUACUUUGCUCAAAAGAUGUUAAAGUUAGUGGCGCCAUUGGUGCAUGCACCGGAACCGGUAAAAAAGGCACCCAAGUCGGUGACACCAUGAUAGGGGAGAGUAAUACAUGUGAGUGGAGUUUUGGCGCCAUGGAUAAAAACACAACAGUUGCGUUUUAUUUCGAAAUAGUCGCACAGGGAGUUAAUCAGAUUCCACCCGGAAAGCAAUCUUUUAUACAAUUCCAGACUCUUUACAAUCAUCCAUCCGGACGAAAGAGGUUGAGGGUUACCACAGUUUCCUACAGAUAUUCAGAGCCCAACAUUUUAGAUUUGGCUCCAGGAUUUGACCAAGAGUCUGCUGCUGUGCUUAUGGCAAGACUAGCUGUAUCUAAAACAGAGAAUGAGGAUGGAUUAGAUGUACUUCGUUGGCUUGACAGAAAGCUUAUCAGACUUGUUUCGAGGUUCGCGGAUUAUCAAAAGGACGAUCCCAACUCUUUCCAUCUUUCCUCGGAGUUUAGUAUAUACCCACAAUUUAUGUAUCAUCUCCGCAGAAGUCAUUUUCUCCAAACAUUCAAUGCCUCGCCAGAUGAGACGGCAUACUACAGAACUGUCCUUUUAAGAGAAAAUGUUAUGAACUCUUUAGUAAUGAUUCAGCCAGCGUUAUUACAAUACUCCUUUGAAGAGGGUCCUCCACAGCCAGUGCUCCUUGAUGUACAGUCCUUAAAACCUAAUGUUAUCCUUCUUCUUGACUCCUUCUUCCACAUUGUAGUCUGGUAUGGAGAAAUGAUCCACCAGUGGAAAGAGCAAGGUUAUCACGAGAACCCAGAAUAUGAGAACUUUAAGAAUUUAUUACUUGCCCCAGCAGAAGACGCAAAGUCUAUCCUUCAGGAUAGAUUUCCUGUUCCAAAGUUUGUUCUAUGUCAUGCAGGAGGUUCCCAAGCAAGGUUCCUUCUUGCUAAGGUUAAUCCCUCUGCUACUCACAACACGCUUUCAGGAGCUACUUUUGAUUCUGUCUCUGACGGAUCAAUUGUCAUUACUGACGAUGUGUCACUUAAAGUAUUUAUGGAACACCUUAUUAAGCUCGCUGUCCAGUCAUAA